UCGCCAGUGCAUCUCGUACCGUGCUGCCAUCCUUGCGGUUCUCGAACUCGGCGUCCGAGGCCGAUUUGUCGUUGAUUGCUGGCUCAGGCGUGGAUGGGACAUCCAGCGAGGUGGUACUGUUCCACAGUCAGCUCGAGUACAUUUGAGGGAGCAGUCUGCACUCACUCUUCCUCAGGUAUAGGGGAGGCAACAUCAGAUCCGACCGACGCAACGGGCUUCUUAGCUUGUGCAACUGGAGUUUUGGACGCAGACCCCAAAGUUGACCUUGUCGUCGUCGAUGGGCGCGCGGUAGCAGUCCGGGUGGAAGAGCCGAGUGAAGCACGUGGUGCAGUCCUUGUAGUCGAGGCAUCCGCGGCAGUGCGGGAGCUCAGAGGCCGUUUCGGAGCAGAAGUAGCGGAAGGGGUUAUUGUAGAUCUCCGUUCUGUGGUAGACGUCCUCCCUGGCGAAGCUCUAGCCGCUGCUGCUGAAGACAAUGUGGUCCUUCGAGCAGCAGCUUUCUUGUUCUCGUCCCCUGAAGUCACGGAGGAGAGGUCGGGUUCCGCAUCCGACGCGGUGGACUUGGAGGCCAAUCUUGUUCUCCUUGCCGCUGUUCCAGGAGCAGGACGCGUCGGCGGCUUGUUCAAACUAGACCCCGUUGUACUUGUUCGUGUCGUGGAGCUAGAAAGGGGUUUCGACGCGGUUGUUGAGGAGCGCGAUGUGCUUGACGCAACUGCAGGUCUCCGGCCCGCUGCAGUAGCGGCUGAAGUAACCAGCGGCCGUCGCGGAGCCGCAGUAUCCGCCUUGGAGGUAGAAGCGGAGCUUGAGGAAGCCAUUGUUCUGCGUGCGGCCGUGGAGGAGGGAGUCGCUGUGUUUUUCUGCAGUUGGGGAGCUUGGUCUGGCCCGCUUUCAGCGGCCGCGCCUGGGCGGUCCGCCAUGAUACCGGGACUCCGUAUUGAUUCGACACGGACAAUGUGAGCGAGCUGCGAACCCAGGGGGAGUCCAGGCCGGUAGAUAUACGUAUAUCGAAUGAAGGGUGGGAAGCGUGGAGUCGUGGAGUUGUUCUACACCCUCAGUGCAGUGCAUG